GUUUGCCAGCGCAGUUGUCCUUGGUGAAGACAUGGCCUUUCAUGGCUGGAAGCAGUUCCUCUUCUUGAGCAAGCAGAACACCUUUGCCAGAGCGUGGAGGAGCAGGAAGGGAAGCCCUUCUCUGGGUUGGAAACACUGCUGCCACGGGGGUGCUGGCAGGUCUGUGGCCCCCGAGAUGAGAGCGUUUCUGGAGGAGAACACAGAGGUCACCAGCAGCGGGAACCUCACGCCAGAGAUACAGCUGCGCCUCCUCACCCCUCGCUGCAGGUUCUGGCAUGAAAAACUCGACUCGUGGCCUUAUGGGGACCCAUUCUGGGCAAUUUACUGGCCAGGAGGUCAAGCCCUGUCCAGGUACAUUUUAGAUAAUCCCUGUGUUGUUAAAGGGAAAUCAGUUUUGGAUCUUGGAAGUGGAUGUGGAGCAACAGCAAUAGCUGCUGUGAUGAGUGGGGCAUCCCAAGUCCUGGCCAACGACAUUGACCCUAUUGCAGGAAUGGCCAUGAUCUUAAACUGUGAACUGAACCAUGUGAAUCCCUUUCCCAUCACCAUUAAGAACAUGAUCAAUUCAGAGGUGGGCAACUGGGACCUCAUUGUUCUCGGGGAUAUGUUUUACGACGAACAACUUGCUGAUGGUCUUCAUCACUGGCUGAGCAAAUGCAUCCGGAUACGGCAAACUAAAGUGCUCAUUGGUGACCCUGGCAGGCAUGAGUUUUUAAAACACAGAAUUCACAGUCACUUGCACAAAGUUAUAGAAUAUUCACUUCCUGAAUCUACUAGACAAGAAAACAAUGGAUUAACAUCAAGCAUUGUCUGGAGUUAUCAGCCUUCAUGUAGUUUAGAAAGAUGUUAAAGCUGCUUUAUAAUUAAUUU